AUGGCCCUGGCGGCCAUCUUCGUCUUCCUUCUCGUCUGCGCGGUGCACGUGCUCGAGAGCAUGCUCGAUCUCGCCAAGAAGAGGGGAUCAGUGAGCGAUGAGCAGGUCAAACUACGGGUGGCAAUCACGCAGCUUCUCAAGGAGUCCAGUGCACUGUCAACGCCCUCGACGUUUGCGCAGGCCGCAAAGCUCAAGAGGCUGGCUGCUGCUAAAGAGAAGGAUCUAGCCAAAUUGCAACAGUCGGACAUUAAGGGGAAGCAGUCUCAACAUGAGAAAUAUGGCAAAGUUCUGAAGGCUACCAAGGUCCUAGUCUAUGGUUUGCUCGUUCUGUCGUUUUGGAGUGCACCUGUAGCUACCGUCCCCAACCAUCUUCUACAGCCCUUCGGAAGGAUGUUCUCCUGGAAAGGCGUCGAUGCUGCUACAGGACGUGUCGUGGUUGGAAUUAUGCCAUGGCUAUUUUUGACCUCUCGUGUCAGCAAAUUAUUGUCCCAAAAACUCGCCCCCAUGUUUCUGCACUAG